AUGGAUUGCCCUAUGAAGGAUGUCAUGUGUCUCAACUGUAAGGAAAUGGGACAUAGGACCAGGGACUGCACCAACGAUAUCGUUUGCAACAAGUGCCUGAAGCCUGGUCACAAGGUGGCCGAUUGUCCUAUGCUGAGGGAAGGGGAUGAGGUCACCAUGGUGGAUGAGGAGGAGGAGGAGGAGGACAGAGCCUUUGAAUUCGAUAGCGGGGCGAAGGACUAUUGCCUCAACUGUAAAGGUUACGGCCAUUUUGCCAGGGACUGCCCUAAUGAGCCUGUGUGCAACGCGUGUGGUAUGGAGGGCCACAUCGCUGUUAAUUGUCCGAGGGCUCGGAGGGGGUUCUCUCGGGGGCGUUCUCCAUCGAGAGAAGCGAAGUUCGAUAGGGCUCUGAUAGACGAAGAAAUCUGUUUGAAUUGCAAGAGGCCUGGGCAUGUGUUCAGAGAUUGCCCCAAUGAAAUCGUGUGCAAUAAAUGUGGUGGGGCCGGUCACAAGGCUUAUGAAUGUCCGCAAGGAGAGGACAGGUCGCCUCGGAAGAGGUCGCAAAAAGACUGCUAUAUCUGUGGCGAGCUCGGUCAUAUCGCCUCGGAGUGCCCAAAUAGGGAUCAACAGCGUCCGAGGGAGGGUCGACUCACCAGCAGAUGGGCCAAGAACGAGGACCGGGCCUCGAGUUGGGCCCGGGCGAGCGCCGAUGACGAAUUGUGCUAUAACUGCCAUCAACGUGGUCACAAGGCAAGGGACUGCAAGAACCGGCCUAUUUGCAGGAAUUGCCAUCGUGAGGGCCAUAUAGCUCAGGACUGCCUAGCCUCUAGAGGAGAUGCCCCAUCGGAACACACCGUGUGUCGGAAUUGUCGCCAGACUGGGCACCUCUCGCGAGACUGUCACAACCCGCCUGUCUGCAAUAGGUGUAAUAAAGUCGGCCAUAAGGCAGCGGCUUGUGAGGCUUUCUGA